GCCAUUUUCGAUCCACAAAUAAUAAAAAAAAAAACAAAUGAUAUUUUGUUUUCCGCGAAGUUACGAAAGUGUAACAAUCAGCUAACGUAUACCAGAAAUCAGCGUAAUUAAUACACUCUUUUGACACCUUCAUUGUGAGAUGUCACUGGUGCAUCUCGGGCAGCAGCUGCUGGAGGCGGUGCGAAGUGGACAGGACGAUGAUGUCAAAGCUCUGAUGGCCAAUGGGGCUCCGUUCACCACAGACUGGCUGGGCUCAUCGCCGCUGCAUUUCGCAGCCCAGUACGGUCAUCACUCCACCGCCGAGGUGCUGCUGCGUGCCGGGGUCAGCAGGGACGCCCGAACCAAGGUGGACAAGACCCCUCUACAUAUGGCCGCCACAGAGGGUUACUGCACCAUAGUGGACCUGUUAGUGCAGAACGGUGCCGACAUUAACGCCAAAGACAUGCUGAGGAUGACGGCGCUGCACUGGGCGGCUCAGCACGGCCACGAGGAAGUGGCCGAGAUCCUGCUGAGGUACGGCGCAGACGUCCACUGCCUCAGCAAGUUCGACAAGACGCCCUUUGACAUCGCCAUGGAUACCAGCAACACUGAGCUGAUGAUACUGCUACAGGACGGCAUGCAGAACCAGGUGAACAUCGACCCAGAGUCGCACUACAUCAUUCGUGCCGGCGGGCUGGUCAACCUCUCCGAGCUCGUCACCACCAGCAACAAGGCGGGCGCAGGGAAGUCAGAGGACGUCAUGGCCGCCGAGUCGGUGGAAACAACCCUUCAGCAUGUGGUGGGCGACGGUGGGCAGAGGGUCAUUACCAUCGUGACGGACCAACACGGCAACCUCCAGCCGGCGUCCCUGGGCCAGCAGUUCAUCUUCACGCUGCAGGGCCAGCAGAUGGUGGCUUUGCCAGCCAGCACGAUCACAGAGGAGGUGGUGGUCGAGGAACCUCAGCUGGCCACGCGCAAGAGGAAGACAGACCCCGCAGCCAAUCACAUCAGCUUAAAGGACAAGAAGGUCAAAGAAACUCGUGAGCAGCUGCAGCGGCAGCUGCAGGAAGCCAAUCUUAUAGCCCAGGGGUACCAGCAGCAGCUCCUGCAGAAGGAGCAGGAGACCGAGCAAUAUCGCCUUAAACUGGAGCAGGCCAUCGCCACCAGCAACAACAGCAUCAACAACGGCGUCACUGCGACAACCGUUACCUUAAACAAUGGCUCUCCGGCGAAGCAGGAGGAGGAGGUGGUGGUGGAGGAGCAGCAAGAGACCACAGUGGAAGCUGCAACAAAAGAGGUGGAGGAAGGGGAGGGGGAAGACUCGAAGGAGGAGGAAGAGGUCAUCUGUGAACAUCCAGGAGAUGCUAUUCUUGUGAAUGAGUGCGAGCUGGAUGUGGAGGUGGACGGUACGGAGGAAACACUCAAGUCCUCCCCCUGUUGGCGAGGCCAGGGCAGAAGGAGAGGGAGGGGCAGAGGGGGCCGCAGACACUAGCUGACAUGUUUUAUUAUCUUCUUUUUCAUUGAUUUUCAUAACAUUUUGUAAAGAUCAGAAGGACUUUUGUAAAUAUGUCAACAUUCACAAACAUUAAGAGGACAUGGAGCACGCACGGCGCCUGAACUUCAGGUUCAGUACUAAUGAAGUGUUUUCCUCCCGUCAGUCGUGUCAGACUGAAGAAAUAUGAAAUAUACGAUGUAACCUUAACCCGUGCUUUACAGAGAUAACGUUUCUUUAUAUAAAGGAAAUCUGAACAUUGUGCAUCUGGCAGGGGGCACGUGCCAAUUUCAUUUCCUGGUUCCUUUUAAAAGUGUGUAAAUGUUUUAUUCUGUGUUGUACUUUGUAAACAUUGAGUUGCAAAGUAUUUUAGUUUUUUAUAUAAUCAUUUCAUUUCCAUGACGACGGCCGUCGGACUGUGACGCGUGUCAGGUGCUCAGUACGGUCAAAGACCAUCAUGAAGACUGAUCCGGGCGACCUGCAGGGAGCAGGCAGGAGCUCGCCGUCGGGACACUUUGAUGGACUCGUUAUCUUUUCUGGGAAUCAAACUUGUGACCUUUAUAUUUUCAGCUUCUAUAACUACUCAGCCGCCCAGUUCUAUUACUGUGUAAUAUUAUGGAUUUAAUGUGAGUCACACAAAAAAAGCAUUACGGUAAUUCUCUGCAUUUUACAAACUAACAGCUGGUUCGGGGGGGUUUAUGAGCCAAAAGCGAGUCUUUGUCUUCCAAAGAAAAGUGCAUCAACAUGAAUUAGAUGAUUUCCCCACAUGAAUUGGCUUCAUGCCCGUCUUCUCAUUAAUGUUUGCACUUCAGGGCUUUAUUCAUUACAAUCUUUUUUUUUUUCUUACGCAACUUUGUAAAACGUC